AUGAAUAUUAUGUUAACAUGUUUGAAAGCUGCUGAUUACGAUAAUUAUGCGUGUGAACAAGAAGUACAAAAGUUUUAUGCAUGUGUUCAAGAGUAUGAUACUAAUAACGCGGUUGUGAAAAAUAUGGUAAAAGCUGACAGUGAUCAAGCACAUAAAUUUAAGAAUAAACGAGGUCAACCAGCUUGGUUGACAAAUAAAUUAUUAAAAGAAUAUCCAACUCCAACAAAGAUAGAAUAG